UUGGUAUUGUAUGUAUUUGCGUGGCCCAGUUGGUAAGCGGGCGGUCUCUGAAUUCUUGAGACAUGGGUUUCGAAUCUCGGCCGGGGAUCAGGAAAUCUCUAUAAUUACAGAUUUCAAUAAAAAAUUCUUUCACAACAAUGGGUGCAGUUUCUACAGUAAAAUAGUGUAUUUCACUAUUUUCGUGGUUUGGCGCUUUUUAACCGCAAAAUCGUGGUUCCAUUUACUGUAGAGCAGUACAUGUUACGUAACGCGUUACGUCGUUAUACUGCAGCGUACAGUCCAUGGAACCCAAGAUUUAGGUUGUUGCCUUUUAACCCACGAAAUGGUUGGAUUUACCCACGAUAAUUUUUUCUGUGUAGAAACCCAGUAGGCUUUCCGAAAUCCGCUCUCAGCUGUCUUCCAGAUAGAAAACACUUCAGGGUCUCGGUCUCAGUCAGUUUCAUUUUACUCGUAAGAUAAGGAUCAACUUAUUUCGGAACGUUUUUCUCCCCUCAGAAUAGAAGAAAAAAAAUCAGAAAAAAACACAAAAUCUUUAGUGAAAUUUGAUCAAAAUAAAUUAUAAAUUUAUUAUUUAAAUUAUCCUAUAAAUUGCAAUGGCUGAUAACACGGAAUACACGGAUGAGGGCGGCGAGUAUGAAGAUGAGGAGAGAAACUUUAUGGAUGAGCACCAGAUGCUGGAGGAGGGACCCGAGGUGGAUCUGUUCUCCCGGCUGGGCGAAUCCUCUGAUGAUCCCGAGCAGAAACGCAUGUACUCCGAGUACCUAGCGCUGAUCAAGGAAAUAGAUUGCCAAAACAAGAUAAUCCAGGACAUCAAAAGCAACAUCAUGGACAUGUGCGCCAAGCCCUGCAAGACCCGAAAUGAGCUGCGCGAGAUCAAGCGCUUGAGGAUCUGCAUGGAGCAGGAGAACAUCAAGCUGCAUGUGAUGAUGAACCGGGCCAUUGAGCUGCAAAACUUUGGCUCGCAUCGCCAUUACAGGGAGCUGCCCAUGACCACCACCGUGGAUGAGGACAAUCUCUCGCCGUAUAUGUGCGGCAUUGGGGUCCCUGCCCCGGACAGUGGCAGUGGAGAUCCCUGCAACGAGGAGCCCUGUUCCAGUGAUUGCGGUGGCGGUCGUGACUCUGCCGGGCAGGAUGACAAGCUCAUCUGUGCUUUGCAGAAGGCCAUGCAGAAGAUGAAGGGCGCCUGUCCGGAGGAUAAGAAAAUGAUUGAUGAAAUUGCAGCGGCCAUUAUGAGCUGCAAGAAGCCACAGCCCGUAUGCAGUCCCAAGCCUUGUCCCAAGCCCUGCCCGGAGAGCAGUACCAGCAGCAGCGAUGCUUUUUCACCCUGCCCGCCGUGUCAGCAAGCGCGUCGCAAAUCCCGGCCUUGUCCACCUCCUUGUCCACCACCCUGUCCACCAACCUGUCCCUCUGGCAAAAGUGAGUCCAUGGAGAAGCUUAAGCGUCGCAUUCAGACCAUGCAGAGCUCGGUGAAGAAGCUGCUACUGGAGGUGGGCAAUCGCGAUGGACAGGCCCAGACAGAUCCCUACAUGGACGAUGAUGAUGAGGAGGAUGAGCAGGAUCCCUGCUCAAGGCCCUGUCCCAGGUCACCUUGCCCGGAGGAUCCCGAUCCUUUGGUCAUAUGUGGCGGCAAGCGCAACACCAAGGCUGACAAGUACGAUAAGAUGAAGGAGAACUAUACCAGGUUGCUGACAGAGUUCCAGCGCAAGGAUUGCCAGAUCAAGGAGCUGCAGAAGAGGAUGAAGGGCAUGUGUGGUCCUUGCCCUGCCAAGGGAGGCGAUGGCGAUGCCGAGGCUGCUGAACUCAACCUACUCCGAGCCCGUGUCAAUGAACUUAAAGAGGAACAACUAGAAUUCAAGUGCAUCAUGAAGGAGCAAUCCCAGCAGCUGGAGGAUUACCGCAACAAGUAUCUUUUGGCCCAGCAAAAGGUCGAAGAGCAGUGCGUCUCCCUGGAGAAACUAAAUAUGAACAACAAGCGUAUUGAACAGCAAAUCAACACCGAGGUUAAGGAGAUUCGUGCCAAGUUCCAGGAGAAGCUCAAUGAGCUCCUCCACUUCCCCAAGCUUCUGGAAAACGAACAGCUCAAACUGGCUCAGGUUUGCAAGGACAAGGACGAAAUGCAAACCAAACUGGUGGUGGUGUGCAAGGAACUCAAGGCCUGCAAGACCCAGCUGGAGCAGCCCACCACCGUUGAUGUGAGGCCCCAGUUGGCCCAGUGUCAAAUGGAGCUUACCCAGGCCAAAAAUGAGCUGGAGGAGCUACUCCGCCAACGUGAUCUCUUCUGCGAGCAGCUCAAGUCUACCCAAGAUGAUUUGGACACCAUGCGCACAGAGUCUGCCAAGAUUAUAGCUGGCACCAAGGAACGAGCCGAGCUCAUCAAGUCCCAGCAGCAACAACAAAUCGAUCGCUUGGAGAAGGAGCUGGCCCAAUGCCGAGCCACUGCAUCGCUGUCGGUUAAUGAUCGCGAGGCUGUGAUAAGGGAGAUGCAGGGACAAUUGAACACCUUGUCUUAUAGCUUCGAUGCGGCCCAGAAGCAGAUCAAGACCCUGCGCAAUCACAUCGCCUAUGUGUCCAACGAGAACUGUUUCCCCGUCAAGUGCUAGGUGGGGAUGACUGCCUGUGGAGGGUUGUGUAUGGGAUUCUUGCGUUUUUUAAAGCCUUACCUUGACAUUCCCCUGAAAGCUUAUAAUUUGAUCAUGCUAAAUUUGUUUGUCUAAAUCGAAAUCUCACUUAGAGUUAAUAAAUAUAUAUGAAUGGGAAUCGAA